GAGAGCACAAGAGAGAAGCUGAACGCCGUACCCAAGUGUGAAAGUCAAAUAUAGUGCACGCCUCAGUCAGACUGACCUGCUCUCAAAACAUGGCAAUGUUGCUCCAUCAAGCAGCAACAGCUAAGAUCAUCCUCAUUUUGUCCUCAUGAAGGAUUUUGAGCAGCAGAUGGAGGACAAGAAUGCUGAUGUGAUGAUGGAGGAGAGUGACGUGGAUGAAGCUCAAUCACAAACAAACAACAAACCUAAAUGGGCAAAUGGUCAGUGUGUUCUGGCAAUUCCAAGCCAUUCUUUCAUCAACCCCAGUUUUGAUCUUUCACUGUGCAGCCCUACUUUGGAGAGGAAAGGCUUCCAGAUUCCAAACGCAGACAUUGAAGUUCCCCUGAAAACAGCCCUGGAUGUUCCUUCGGUCAGAAGAUUCAUGAUUUUCAACUCGUCCCUUUUCCAUUUUAUAAUGGCGCCGUUUCUUUAUGUCGUUUUGUGGUGUGCCGUCUUCUCCACCCUGCGCCUUUAUAUGACCCUCAGCGACUACUGGAUCUUAUGUCUGUGUGUCAGUCUGAUCUCCAUUUUCCUCACCACUGUCAUCAUCUUUGUUCUCAACCGGAAUAAAAAAGAGAUCAACAUCAACUUGGAUGUGCGGCUGAUUCCGGUGAACGAGACCAUGGUCAAGCACAAGCUGCUGGUGGCUGUUGCCGACUGGGUGGACAACUGCAAAGGAAGCAUGCAGCUUUACUUUGUGUAUUGGGACAUGGCUCGUUGUUUGCAAACGCUGACUGAAACGCUGGAGGAGCACAGUUUAGCGGGCAUUGACACCUGGAGCAAGCUAAAGAAGAAAAUGUCCCAUCUCGUCCUGGUGGCUGAAGUUCCCGGCGGGGACUGUGAAGAAAAUCACACAGGGGUGGAAGAAAGUUCAGAAGAGCAGAGGCCUCUGCUGAAAAAUGACGCAGGAGACUGCACUUCCUCUUCUUCUUGGAAAGUCACAACCAAUUACAGUCUCGUUCCUGAUGCUUCCUUACCUGCUCAGACUCAAGCCCACCAGCUGUUGAUGACCUACAGCGCUGCCUAUGUGAAGCUGCUGGUGUCUGAUAAGCUGUCCGUGCCGGCUAAUCGUCGCCUCCAAGUGCCGAGGAACCACUGCCCCGCUGCGCCGUUCUGCCUCUGCCAGUUCAUUAAAAUGAGGAUUCUUGACUAGCACAGCAAUAGUGGAUAUAAAAAGUCUACACACCCCUGUUCCCAGGCCACAUACAACCCAGAAAUUAAAUUUGAUCUAAAUGAUGAGCCUUGUUAUAUGGCAUGCACUGUUUCCCAACCACGCGGUGUGCUCACCUAGUUGGCUCAUAAUGAAGGAGAACAGAGAGGGGCAUGCACAUGAGGCCACUUUCAACAAUUUCACAGACACUGGCACUCCUCAGGAGGCUAAAUGGCCAUCUGUGAUGCCGUGCACACAAAGCUGGCUCAGCCUCCAUCUCUUUCAAUAUAGCUUGCAUUGGAAGUGACUCAGACUGACCUUAUCUGUAAACGUAAUGUAGACAUCAAGAUAGAAAUGUGAAUCCCAAAAAAUGAAGUGAUUAUGCACAAGAUAGGGAGACAGUCUGUAUUAGUGUUUGAGAGCAAGAAGAGAAAAAGACAGGCAGAGGAAAACGGGUCAGCUAUAAAUAGCUUUUUUAGCGAGAGGUUGGAGACACACACAGAGGUGGAAAAAAAAACGUCACACACCCAA